UGGAAAGAAAAAAAAGUCAUUCUGAAAAGGCCAUUAUUUUUUCCAGACGUAAUGGGUGUGACAGAUGAUGGGUCUCAAGCUGUCUUCCAAGUACGAUUCUGCUGCUUGUCAGUUCAGUAGGGAAACCUGUUUAAUUAGCAUUUUAUGGAACUUUGUCCUGGGUUUUUUAGAAAUUAUUGCAAAUCCUUGUCAUAGAUACGGUGUAUAUUGAUUCAGUUUACCUUCUGGUAAAUUGCACUGGUGCAGUCCAUGCUCUUCUAGUGUAAGUAUGUCUCUUUUAGGAGCAUGCGUUGGUAGAAGUACACUGGUGGCUGCGAGUUCUCCAGGUUAGCAGGUGUUCUGCAACAACUGUUUUGUGCCUGUUGAUUUUGACCGGCUGAUGUUCACUGCUGCAGUGGUAGAAGGGGAAUAAAGGCUGGGUCCAGGAUCCUUGGGGCAGGACACCAGUCUGAAAGGUGCUGCAAUACGUUAAGCCAAACUUAAUCUUCUUCCUCGGGCUGCAGACUCUGCUGCUCUCUUGUCUGUAGGCUGUGGCGUGGGACCCCAGGCUUCCUAAGCUGCAUGUUUUUCAGCUCCUCUUCCUCCCCACAGAGCCCAUUUUGCACACAGUUCCACCUAAACUCCGGUCAAGUGCUGUUACAUACGCCUCUGGUAACAGCAUGACGUUCAGAGUUUUACAGAAUGUAUAAAAACUUAAAUCUAAGAUGGAUACAAAAAAAGCAGUAUGGUUUCCUAUCGCACGUAAGUAAAAUAGCAAUAAUAAUUUGAUGUAAAUUUUAAUUACCGGUUCAUUGUGGCAUCUGGCUAAUGAUACUGUACAGAAUGCAUUGCAGUAAUGAAAUGUGGAAGUUCAGGAGGUGGUUAAUGCAAAGAAGUCCAAACCCAGCAGAAGCUCUUCCCUAUUUACUCAGUUGUAGACAAAACCCUCUGUUCACACAGUUGUGUAGGAGCUGUUAGAAGUCUGAAAACAUACUCAGAUUGCCAUAAGAAUAACUAUAGUAGUCUCAAGACUUUAUUUUAGAGCCAGGGAUGUUUUUAUUGUCUGAAAGAAUCCUCUUAUAAAGCAUUACCCAGCUGCUGUGCUAGCCAAGCCUGAUGGAAAUGACACAGUUACUGAAGAGCACCUCUGACACAGUUCAGCAGAGUUGAUUUGUAACACUACAUGGAGUAGCAGCAGUACUGAACUAAGAGUGCUGCUUUGAAAUGGAAAUAUUAUUUCAAUUUUAAACAUAUUUUAUUGUACUAUAUAUAGAACUUUGCUUUUCAUAGUAUCAUUGUGCUAUUGUGUGACUAACUGAUCUCAGGAGAGCAGCUGAAGAAUUUUUCUGGAAAGGGAAGAAAGGGAAAUUCUGACACGGCAGACCCUUCUCAGUAUGUCCCAGUAGUAGCAGUGGAAGAGUACGGGGGGAAGUGUGGGGCAUGUUAUUACUCAAGGGUUUCCUGACCUUACAAUAUUGGUCCUUGGGAUGACCUGCCAAGUAGAAAUCAGCUUCGGGUUGACUACUCUUGAGAAAUUUUACGAAUGCUAGUAUUCAUUGGUUAAAAGUGACUAAAAGCGCAUGAGUGUUUUGUUGGAAAGGCCUCUUCAGUUGCUGUUAGUGCAUUGUUGACAUACAAUGUGAUUUUUAUUUUUGAAUUCAAGUGUAAUUUUGCUAGGUUUUUAACUUUCUUCCACUAGAUGGCCCAAGCAUGCUUUCAAGUACCCUAUGAGAACUGAAACUUUUACUUCAUUUCUAAAAUAAAUGUGUGUUGUUUUAACUGAAGUUAAAAUUCUACAUCAUUAAACAUACGUAAACUUCUGUGAUGCUCUGUUCUUGUUUAAAAUACAAACACUUUAUAUCAACCAAGAGAGUAUUGGUUAAUGUAGGUAAUACAUGGUAAUGAAGGUUACGUCAUGUAUGAUCUUCCAUGUCCCUCUUUUUCCUUGAUUAGAACAUUUCUUAUUGAGUGUAGUACAAUGCUGUUUAGUUUUGCAUUGAGAUGAGAACUGAUGUGCUGUCACUCUGACAGUGUGUUCAACAGUAGUGGUUCAGAGAGACUCUGAAAAGGCGUUGGUCUAAGGCUGAAGUUUGUCCCUAACAUCUCCUGGGAGUGAGAUUUGUGUUUUGCAGGCCAUCAUAAUUGAAAUUUUUUUGCUGCAUAGGGUUUUGGUAACAACUUUCCCGUUUAUUUCACCAGUAUAGAUGUGGUCAGUGAGUUCUGAAUAGGUGUAGCUGUUAAAUGUACAGACUAAUUUAAUUCACCUAUUUUUGUUGUCUAACAGACAUCAAGUAUAAGCUUGUUAUCAAGGCUGUCUUUUUUGUUAGUGGAGAAAGACAGGUAUACACAGAAGGCAGGUCUCACCACGAGGGUGGUCGGACACUGGAAUGAGGCUGAAGAAGUGGUGGGAUGUUCAUCCACAGAGACAUUCAAAACUCAACGGGACCAAGCCCUGCGCAGCCUGAGCCCGUUGGGCCAGCUCUGACUGGGAGAUUGAACUAGGUGACCUUGAGAGGUCCUGUCCAGCCUCAAUUAUUCUGUAAUUCCGAAAGGAGACUACUUUAUUAGUUCUUUUUCUCUACUGGUGUUUAAAACAAUAAUAAAUAUAAGGAAAAUGAAUUGUUGUCUUUCCGAAUUAGUUCCUAACUUCAGUAUUUUGCAUUAAGUUCCAGCUUUCCUUUUGCUUCUGAGAACUUUGUGGUGGUAUUAGACCACCAGAAAAAGUGUGUGUGUGUCUGUGUGUGCUUUUUUCCUUCUUAAAUUGCCACACAUGCCCCCCCGCGCCAAAAAAAAAAGGGUGCCAUAUGAAGAGAGUGCUGUAUUCCUUCAUUUCACUGCUGCACUCGCCAGAUGCCCUCUCUGUCCUAUUAUUGUUUUAUAUCGUUACUCCUAGUGUCUCCCUUUAAUGGGGAUAGUAGAUUUUCUCUUAUUCCUGUUUCUCUUUUGCCCUUUUUCUUUAUGGAAGAGAGUCAGCUGUUGGCCCUUCCUCUGCAUCUGAUUCUGUGCUCCUUUUUUCCUUCCUUUUUCCAUUGUCCUUGUCCUGCCACCUUCCUGCUCCUCUUCCCUUUUCUGGCUGGAGACAAAUCAACAUGUCCAUGUGUACUAGAAGGAUGGACAUAAAUGGAGUAUUAUCUUGGUGAAGGGGAUAUUGCUGCCUGCAGUCAGUUCUGUAGACAAAGAGAUGUCACUAGUAGAUUUGGGAAAGAAACUUUUAGAAGCUGCACGAGCAGGUCAAGAUGACGAAGUUCGCAUUUUGAUGGCAAAUGGAGCACCUUUUACCACAGAUUGGUUGGGAACAUCUCCACUUCAUCUUGCAGCACAGUAUGGACACUACUCAACAACAGAAGUGUUGCUGCGAGCAGGUGUAAGUCGGGAUGCCAGAACCAAAGUGGACAGAACUCCAUUACAUAUGGCAGCAUCAGAAGGCCAUGCCAGCAUAGUAGAAGUCUUACUUAAGCACGGUGCUGAUGUCAAUGCGAAGGACAUGCUCAAAAUGACUGCACUUCACUGGGCUACUGAACAUAACCACCAAGAAGUUGUAGAACUCUUAAUAAAGUACGGAGCAGAUGUUCAUGCUCAGAGUAAAUUUUGCAAAACGGCACUAGAUAUUGCAGUAGACAAUGGAAAUGAAGACCUUGCAGAAAUAUUACAGAUUGCAAUGCAGAACCAAAUCAAUACGAAUCCAGAGAGUCCGGACACUGUGACGAUACAUGCAGCAACACCACAGUUCAUCAUCGGACCUGGAGGGGUGGUGAACCUAACAGGUCUGGUAUCUUCUGCAAAUACAUCAAAUGGAACAGAUGAAACAGGAGUGUCUGCUGUACAGUUUGGAAAUUCAUCGACAUCAGUAUUAGCCACAUUGGCAGCUUUAGCAGAAGCAUCAGCUCCGCUGUCUAAUUCUUCAGAAACACCAGUUGUGGCCACAGAAGAGGUUGUGACUGCAGAAUCUGUGGAUGGUGCUAUUCAGCAAGUUGUCAGUUCUGGAGGUCAGCAAGUUAUUACUAUAGUUACAGACGGUAUUCAGCUUGGUAAUCUGCAUUCGAUUCCAACCAGUGGAAUAGGGCAACCAAUCAUUGUGACCAUGCCAGAUGGACAGCAAGUAGAAACAGUUCCAGCAACAGACAUUGCUGAAGAAACUGUGAUAAGCGAAGAACCGCCAGUGAAGAGACAGUGCAUUGAGAUUGUUGAAAAUCGUGUGGAGUCUGCAGAAAUAGAAGAAAGAGAAACUCUUCAGAAACAGCUGGAUGAGGCAAACAGAGAAGCACAAAAAUAUCUUCAGCAGCUUCUAAAGAAAGAACAAGAAGCAGAGGCCUAUCGGCAGAAGUUAGAGGCAAUGAACCGCCUCCAGACUAAUAAAGAAGCUGUUUAAUAAAAAAUGAACAUACUGCAAAGCCUGUUACUUUCAAAAACCUGCAGUACAAUCUUGAACUGUACGCUAUAUAGUUACAGACACAGGAUUACAUGAUAGAGAAGAAGCUACAAGUUGAUAACUGGACUUACGCCGUGAGCUCUGAUGAAUUUCUUGUAACAUAAAAACUCUGAAUUUAGAAAUUGUGAAAAGUAUUUAAAAUGAAAUACUGUAAAUAGUUGGUUUUUUUACAGUUUCAAAAUGAGUUGAUAAAUCUUUUUGAAGGGAUCCAGAAACACGAGAAGCCAAUGCUUUUGUGAAAUUUUUGAUUUUAGUAUGAAUCUAACUUCUGAAAAACAGAACAGUUUUAAGGGUGAUGUUGAUUUAAGCUGACAACUUGAAAAAGAAUUAUGUGACAAAAUGAAUUAACAGUUAUUUCUACAUGGUAACAACUUAAACUUCUCUGAAUAAGACAUUUCCAGGUGGAAAUCUUUGUACAGCUUUAAGUAGUUGUCUCAGAUUCUCUGAAAACCAUUUUUGGGUUUGUUUUUUUUAUUUUAGGUGGUGAAAUUUUUAUAUUUAAUUUCAGAUAUAUCCAAGUAGAUUUACAUGUAUAUGAAGCUAAUAUUUUUUAAACUUUUCAGUUUGUACAUAUGCUGCAUGUUUUUAUAAUUUCUACACAUACAUCUUGCAUAGGUAUUUUUCAGCAAAGAUGAGAAAAAUUACGAGAAAAAUGUUUAGCCUAUAGGUCAUUUGAAGUAAGCUAGCAGCCAGUUUUAUUGUGGAUGGUAUAUUUCUUGGAAGAAUGUAAUUUGUAAUUAAAAAGAACAAAAAAAUCUUAAUUUACAUAUUAGAGGCAAUUUAAAAUUUGGUAGUGGAGGCAUUGAAACUUCACUUCGUGUGUCUUACGAUUUUCCUGUACAAACGUUUUAAAGUUCAGUAAUGAAUAGAAAAGAAUGUCUCCACUGGAACACAAAUAGUAGUUCUUUUAGAAUAUUCCUAUUGAUCUCUUUUCCCCAAUAGCCUUGAAAUCAUUUCAGUGAUACUUUUUUUCUAAACCGACUUUUGCAUUUUAAUUAUGCAAUUGGACAAGUAAUUUUUUUAUGUUGUAGUGAUGCUGCUCUUACCUGGCAUCAUUGCUCUUCACUGUGAUACUGUGUUUGUGUGUGUCUGUGCGGUGAUCUAUUAUGCUUAGGGCUUAUAUAGCACGUUACAUCUUCAGAGCGUUGUAAAAUCUUUUAAAGAACCCUUACUGUACUGCCUGAGGCAGGUAAGUGAGUGUUAUUGUCUCAAUUUUAUAACUGGUAUAAGCGCAACACAGGGAGUGUUAAAUGAGUGGCCCAAGACCACGUGAAUCCGUGGUAGACCUGGGAAUAGAUCUCAGGAGUUCCUGGCUUCUAGUCCUGUGCUUAGACUGAGCUGCCUUAAGAUUGUUCAGUGCUGUGUUACAUUAAAUUUUGAACUACUGUGCAGAUUCCUUUUUUGUAAGAUAAAACUCUUUGUGCUUUGCUUUGUUGUUCCAUGUUUCACUGCUUUUAUGGACUUGUUUAUAUAAACUUAAGCAAAAAGUCUAGUUUACCUAUACUGUACACAGAAGAAUUACCCUUAAAACUGUACUCUGGCCUACUUUUUCUAUUUUACAAUUAAAUAUCUUUUCCAC